GCUUUAUUUCUUCCUUGUAAGCCGAGCAGCGGCAGAAAGAGCAGAGCAUGGAGGGAAAUGUGCUGCGCUGGGAGACGGAGCUGAAGGCCCAGGAGGAGCCGGUGCUGCUGCAGAGCCGAGUGUUGAUGAAUCUGCUGCUGGAAUUAGAGGAGAGACACAUCCCGUGUAUUUCCUAUUUCCACUGUGUCCAGACUCGGCUCCAGCCCUACAUGCGGCGCAUGCUCACUAGCUGGAUGCUCGAGGUGUGUGAAGAGCAGAAAUGCGGAGAAGACGUCUUCCCCCUGGCUGUCAACUGUCUGGACAGGUUCUUGUCCCUGGUGCCAGUAGAGAAGAGACAUCUCCAGCUUUUGGGCUCAACGUGCCUCUUUCUUGCCUCUAAACUCAGGGACUCCACUCCCAUGACUGCCGAGAGCCUGUGCAUGUACUCAGACUACUGUUUCACUGACAAAGAACUGCUGGCAAUGGAGCUGCUGGUGCUGAACAAGCUGAAAUGGGACAUAGAAGCGGUGACACCCCGACAGUUCCUGCCGCACUUCCUCGAACUGUUGGUUAUCCCUACGGAGAAGAGGCCUCGGGUCAGGAAGCUCGCGGAGACCUUCAUCACUCUGUGUAGCACUGACUGUACAUUUAUUACCCUCCCCCCUUCCAUGGUGGCUGCAGCCUGUGUAGCCGCAGCAGUGACCGGCCUCCAGCUUCAGAGUUCGGGAAUGAGCUACUCCAGCGUGGCUACCGUAACCUUCCUUGCACAUGCCAUACGCUGUGAGCCGAGUCUUCUCAGGACUUGUCAGGAGCAGAUUGAAAUCUCGCUUGAGUCCAGUCUGCAGCAGGCGCAGAGAAACAGAAUCUCCGAGUCCAAGUCUGUGGAGGAGCCAGAGAGAUCCAGCACCCCAACUGAUGUCCUGGACAUUGACCUGUAAUGGCUGCCUCUCCCCAAUCUGUCCAAACCCCAUUCCUACCGGAGGCCUCGGCUCUGUCCAGCCAACAAAGUGCCCUUCUCAAUAGGAACCUUCUAUGCCAAGGUCGUGGUGCUACCCGGUAUAUAUGUGCCGCUAAGCAGGGUACAAAGCACUUCGCUCUCACGCCCCCUAGUGGCCGCACAAAGGAAGUUUAACCAUAGCCAUGUUUAAAGGAUAAAUAAACCUUUAAAAUAGGUGAAUGUAAAAUUGAUGAGACUGCUAUUCUAAACACUUUAGUAAUUUACAUCCAUUAUUUAUUCUUUUUUUCAUUCCAAGAUAUUAAGGGAUACAUGUACUGUUAAUAUGAAUGAAUUUUGUUACAACAGCGCCACCUGCUGGUCAGUUUCCCACCAGUCUGACCACCAAGUAGUCAAGGAAGUUGUCAGGAGAAAGAAAGAGGCUGCUCUGAUGUUCUUCUGCUUAGGAAAGAUUUGAGAAAGGUUUAUAUUUUUUUUUUCCUAAGCAGAAGAACAUCAGAGCAGCCUCUUUCUUUCUCCUGAACUUCCUUGACUACUUGGUGGUCAGACUGGUGGGAAACUGACCAGCAGGUGGUGCUGUUUGAACAAGAGUCAUUCAUAUCAACAGUACAUGUAUCCCUUAAUAUCUUGGAAUAAAAACAAAAUAAAUAAUAAAUGUACAUUUAUUUUAAAGGUUUCCUUAUCCUUUAACUACACUACUCUGUCCUGAUAUGGAGGGUGUAUAGAGCCAGCAAUGGCGACCAACAGAGAGAAACGAGUUGAUUAUUGUUUAAUUUAUUUCAUCCUGUUUAUUUAUUGUAUUAUUAUUAUUUCCAUUAAUUUAAGUGUUGUUGUUAUUAUUAUUAUUAUUGUAUUAUUAUUUCUGCCAUUGUUUUCCUUAUUGUGGUUCAUGUUGUUUAAGUUGUAAUUGCACUGCCUGGGAAGAGUCUUCCUUUGCUUUCAGGGAAUAUGAAUAAUUGCUAACGAUAGUGUUAACGAGUCUGACGCUACAUAUAAAGAGGUUGAUCCUAGGGAUGCACUGAAUCCACUAUUUUGGUUUCGGCCAAAUCCCUAAAUCCUUCAUGAAAGAUUCUGCUGAACUGACAAAGUUUUGGGUUCGGCCAGGCACAAGGAUUCGGGCCAAUCCCGCUGAAAAAGGCCAAAUCCUGGCUGAAUCCCCAAACUAAUCCUACAUUUGGUGCGUCCCUAUUUGAUCCGUAAACGUGCAACCUAAAACAAAAAAAGUUAUAACAUGGGGUUGUGCAUAGACUGGAAAUAGAUCAGCUUUACAGGAUUCAGAUAUUCUAUUCUGGUAUUUAGCAGUGGGAGUCAGAAUUUGGCCAGAGCAGCAGUUGAUACACCGGCUCCUAGUUAAUUGUGUGGGGAGCGCCCCCUGCUGGCUGCACCAAGUUCUGCAGUGCUUGCAAUUUGCUUCCCCUCUGGGAGCCUCAAAUUUUCAUUUACAAACAUCUAUCAUUUACGCUUAUUUUCAUCUCUUCCAACCUGCCUUGCGAUUCGUUCCCCGUCCCUAAGGCAGGCGCAAUACGCAGGUUUUUUGUUUUUCGAUUUAUUGUAAAGCAUUAUUUAUUUGACUGUAUUUUGCUCUGGUUGGUAGUUGACGCAUUCGUUCUUGUGUAACGAUGAAAAAAAAACCUCUAUUUUUGCACUUUAUAAAGAAAAUGUCUUUGUCUCUAUUUUAUUGAGGUGUGUGUGUGUGUGAGUCUUAUAAAUAAAUGCUGAAUGCAAAUGA